AUGGAACAACAAAAUGCUUUACCCCAGACCGAUGAAGCGCCACCUGAGCCUCAAACGACUGAAUCAUCGGGGGGUGAGCCGCCGUCUGCUGAUUCGAAAAGAUCGAGAAAGAAUUCAGUGCAUCUGACAGCCGAGGAUUACGAAGCCUAUAAAAGCCAUUGUGACCGCAUGGCAAUCAGCCAGGUGGGAUACAAUCCAAAUAUCAACUCACUCAAACGCGAUUAUGGGACUAUGCGAAGGAAUAUCAAACGUUGGGCUGGAGACUAUGUUCGUGAGACUACACCAUCACUUUCCAAGAAACAAAAAAAGAUGAUCAUCCAAAGCCUUGAUGGCUAUUGCGUUCAAGAGUCUUGGGACACAAUUCAAUCCUUACUCGCACCCACCUGUCGUAAUGACUUCCAGCUAUACCUGGCCCAAGCAAUGAUCAACAAAUUCAUAUUCACACAUUUUCUGGAUAAACCGUUCGAUUUCCUAGAUGGGAAACGCGAUGAUACCGAUGAGGAUGAUCGAUCAUUUCCUGGGCGACUUCAGUAUCUCUAUAACAGAUACUAUGAGUCAAGCCCAGUCAAUGCGGUCUGGUGGAAAAUGGUCACACUUGGUCUUGCCAACCUGGAAGAUGACAUCCAUACGUUCAAGUCGCCUCGGGACAAACUGCCUUACACUUUCGGAGAUGAGAGCCGCAAGCGGCAGGCAGACAUAGCAAGAAACCUGGCAGACCAGCUUCUAGAGGACAGCCUGUUUCAGCUGCUUUUAGUCAAGUUGACUGAUUCCCAAAAAAGGGCUGAACGUCGUGAGCUCUUGGCGAAGAUUUUCCAAGGUAGCGCAAAAGGCUUCACCAAGCACGAGGUAAUGCUUGGGGGACUGGUGAAAGUCCACCAACUUCCAGAGUUGAAGCAGUUCGAUACUUCUACAGGAAUUAUGUUUUCCGAGAUUCUUUUCGACAAUGAUGAAAAGACUCCGCUGUACAUCCCUAAGCCUCGCGGCCGGGUAGUUCUCGUUGUUCGACCAGGGGUGUUCCGGUACGAUACCCCCACCCAAUUUGUGCCCGUCCACAAUGCGCCUCUAGACAUGCAGCAACAGGACACAGGCCGCACCUCCUGGUUGCUUUGUAAGGCGGAGGUUCUGGUGGAACAGGCGGAAGAUAGCAGCUCGUCUGACGAAUAUCGACCCGAUCCUGAGAACAAGGAUGUUUUCUACAGCUGA